CGACUUUUUAAGUAGCAUAAGAAAUAUUGUUGGGCGAAUAUCAGAAGAACGUAGCCUUUGCAUUGGCUUAUAGAUUUUAGUGAUGAUAUAGAGAUGAGCUCCACCGGGUCCCUUACAGGCUUCCACAUUCCUCACCUUGCAACGGGAGAGACCCCCAGAAUUCGUGUGGAUAGAGCCUGUAUCGAAUCUCAUCCAGCCGCAGAAAUUUCGACCAGUAACAGUCUGGUGGCACCUGGUGAGCGGACGGACAAGAAAAAUAAUGGGUCCAUCAGGACCCACAUAAAACGGAAGGCUAAGUGCAUGAAGAAGGACUCGUUGGAGGCUGACGGCGAAUUGGUCUUGUUUCCCGGACGCGACGAGAGCUAUCCGGAGGAGUUGAACAGGCUUAUUGGACCACUGAACUGUCAGCUGUGUAAGGUGCAGAUGACCUCGAGAAAGUGCGCCCGGGAUCACUACGAAUCGAAGGCCCACGACCGACACAUCAGCGCCUGGCUGGUCAAGAACUACACGGAGGUGGGUCUGAAGGCACCUCCAGUGAAGCGGCUGGCCAAGCAAGGACCAACCGGCCCAAAUGCCUUUCACUGCGACCUGUGCGACCUGGACCUCACCUCCUCGAUGCACGCCCGCCAGCACUUCUUGGGUCGAAAGCACAUGCGUGUGGAGCAGGGCACCGCGAAGCCCUCCGGAGCCAGGAACUGCGAUACGUCGGAUGGUCGUCACGGCAUAGGAAGUCUGUUCCCCAAGACGGAGGGCUUAACCAAAGAUUCCCCUACGGACGUAUUACUAUCAGAGAACAGCGUGAUCAAGCGCACCUGCAACCUGUGCAAAAUAAUGGUCACCUCUGCUGCACAAAUGCAGGCCCACUUGGCUGGAGCCAGGCACCAAAAGAACUUUAGGACCUCUGGGCAGGAUCAGGAUCAGUCGGAAGAUGUUCGUCUUCCGGAGGCGCCUACCUCUGAAACGAAGAAAUUGGAUGCCGCGGAACUGGCCUUGUAUCGCACUCCAAUGGGUCAGUACUACUGCCAGACCUGCGACAUGAUGAUGAACCAUGAGACCAUCUUGCAACAGCACUUUAUUGGCAAGAAGCACUUGAAAAGGGUUAAAAAUCUUUCCCAAACUGAGAAGACCGUGUAAAGAAUUUAUUUGAUAUUCGCUAAGCCUAAGCCACGAGUUCCCGUUAGUAGUGCCGUUGAUUUACCAGCUUGAAGCUA